AUGCUUUCUUUGCAGGAAUAUCAAAUUGAUAUAUUUUUUGCCCAGACAUGGACAGACAGCCGUCUUCGCUUCAACAGCACCAUGAAAAUACUGACUCUGAACAGCAACAUGGUUGGCUUGAUCUGGAUCCCAGACACGAUAUUUCGUAACUCAAAGACAGCAGAGGCCCACUGGAUCACCACCCCCAACCAGCUCCUCCGCAUAUGGAAUGAUGGCAAGAUCUUGUACACCCUCAGGCUUACCAUCAACGCUGAGUGCCAGCUGCAGCUACACAACUUCCCCAUGGAUGAACACUCAUGUCCUCUGAUAUUCUCCAGCUAUGGCUAUCCUAAAGAGGAAAUGAUUUACAGAUGGAGGAAAAAUUCAGUGGAGGCUGCUGAUCAGAAAUCUUGGCGACUCUAUCAGUUUGACUUUAUGGGUCUUAGAAAUACUUCAGAAAUUGUGAAAACCUCUGCAGGUGAUUAUGUAGUCAUGACUAUAUACUUCGACUUAAGUAGAAGAAUGGGAUACUUUACUAUACAAACAUACAUUCCCUGUAUAUUAACAGUUGUUCUUUCCUGGGUAUCCUUUUGGAUCAAAAAAGAUGCCACACCAGCAAGAACAGCAUUAGGCAUCACCACAGUAUUGACCAUGACAACUUUGAGUACCAUCGCAAGAAAGUCAUUGCCCCGUGUUUCCUACGUCACUGCCAUGGAUCUGUUUGUGACUGUAUGCUUUCUAUUUGUCUUUGCUGCUCUGAUGGAGUAUGCCACCCUCAACUACUACUCAAGUUGCAGGAAACCAAACUGUACUAAGAAGAAAAAGUCGCUACCUGAUGUAAGUUUUGGUCAUGUAAUGAAUUAUUCUGUACUUGAUAUGAGACCACCAACUACAGUCAUCACAUUGAACAAUACCAUGUAUUGGCAAGAUUUUGAAGAUGCAUGUGUCUAUGAAUGUCUGGAUGGGAAAGACUGUCAGAGCUUUUUCUGUUGUUAUGAAGAGUGUAAAUCAGGCUCAUGGAGGAGAGGACGGAUUCACAUAGACAUCUUAGAACUGGACUCUUACUCUAGGGUCUUUUUUCCUACAUCUUUCCUGCUGUUUAACCUGGUCUACUGGGUUGGAUACCUCUAUCUUUAAAUGUUGCCUGUAGCAGUGAAGACUUGCUGCUUUUUCUCACUGCGGACGGAUGGUGAAAGUGCAGAAAAAGUGAAGGACACAGUCAGUUUCAUCUCAGAUUAUAAAGACCACAUUAACCUUCACCAUCACAGAGCCUGAUGAAGAAUUUUAACAUGUAAUUUCCUGAAAAAGCAAAACACGGAAGAAUUCUCUCCUAACUGCUCUUUGUUUUAAGAAAAAGGUUCUUACAAAGUUCAGCUGAAUUUGUAGUGUAAGCGAUGUUUAUGAAUAAUUAUUGUAUAUUAAAAUCUCUACUACUGUCCCUUGCCAUAGAAUAUAUUCACAAUUCAGGCAAAGUUUAAAUAUGUAAUUUUUAUUUUUUCAUUCCCAUACUUUCUUCACAAUGCUGCCAUGUCCCUAAGGCUCAGAGCAAUGUACACUGACACUAGCAAAGCCAAAGCCAAUGAAAAUGCUCAUUUGUAUUUAAAUUUGCUUGAUUUCCCACCAGGCUGUGGGAAAUUGAUGAUCUCCUUGAUAUAGAGUAACCACCAAGAGACAACAAGAAAUGUCUGGUAGGAUCAAAACGUGGAUGUUACCUUCUGCAGAGGCCUGGGAUUCAUGGAAUUAGCCACUUACCCUACAUAUUGGAUUUAACUUAAAGGUGAAAAGGCAGACAGAGAAGAAAGCUAUAAUUUUGAUAUAAAUAAGACUUGCCUAUCUGUGAGGAAGCUGUAGGCAUAACUUCUACACAUUUUCAAGCUUUUAACUGUGUUUUUUAUAACUCAAACACAGGAUGGUCGUUGACUUCUAAAGUACUAUACUUGAAGCAGGACAAGAUUCCUGCUUGUUUGUGUCAUUGUAGCAGUUCAUAGUGCAUAGCCCAUAAGUAAAAAUCACUAUAAUAUCACCAGGAAUAUGUGGCUUUCUUCAGAUUUCAAUCUGCUAAAAAGUGUGCCAAUGCAUUCUUAUUUUUUCUCUCAAAGUUGUAUUAUAUAAUUGAAAAACAUGUGUGCCAAAGGCCUUUUGUUCUUUUUGUAACAUUAAGCACUGCAGUAUUUACUCAUGGUAGUUGUUCCCUGGGCCUGAGCUAAAGACUGAACACUUGUUUGAAUAGUGCAUUACAGGAACUCAAUUGUGACACUUGGAUUAAGCAUGAAGUAGUUGCCACAUACAGAAAGAGGUUCUUUUCAUUCUUUUCCAAAAUUUUCAACUAUAUUUUACACUAAAAAAGAAUUUUGUAUUUUUCAAGGUUUUGAUCAUUCAACCCAUUUUUUCAAAAGCUAAUUUUACAGUAUUAGACUAAGUGAUGUCUUUUACAGACUGUCUACAUAGUUAUUAUUAAGCAAACAAACCACAUCCAUAAUUAAAUAGCAGUAGCUUUUCACUACCCUUUGCAUGACAAAUUGUUACAAAAGAUUGAAGUCAAAAGAUAAUUAAAACAACA